CGUAUGUACCAGCGACUUGUCAUGUAAACCUGCAAAUGGAUCCACAUCAUUUGAAUGCAAGUGUCUGGAGGAUAGAUUCUGGGACACCUCUAUCAAGAAAUGUCGUAGAAAACCUUUAUAAUAAAACAGAGACAACGUUUGAUGACGAAUGUGACCCUUCUUCUGGAGACGUAUGUACCAGUGAUUUGUCAUGUGAAAGAAUCAACGGAACAACACCAAAUCUCUAUAAAUGUAUAUGUCAAGAUGAUAACCAUUUCUGGGAUUCUUCAUUGAGGACAUGUCGUAAUAGAACCGGUUUGCAAGGAAUAUACGUCAAAGACAGGAUGAACAUCACUGAUGCAAUAGCAAUUUGUGAAAAUGAUUAUGAAGGACAAUUGGCUACAGAGGAACAUCGUCUACAUGUAUUUCCGAAUUGCAUGGACUUUGCCGAAGAAAUCUGGGUCAUAGACACAACCUAUUUCAUUGCAGAAAAUCUCUCUGAGAGCUGUGCAAAAUUAAACCAAGUCGGGGAAUUGAAAAUUGGAAGCUGUACAGAGAGAAAGGCUUUUGUGUGUAUAUCAAAAAAAAACAACCAAAAUGAUCCCCCAUGUGUUGCAUUCCCAACAACGCUUGGAAACUCGUUUCUCGAUGAUUCCUCCAAGAGCUCUGCAGGUUUAAUUGGUGGUCUUUUAGCUGCUUCCAUAAUCCUUGCUGGUGUGUUGAUGCUCGUGGUUUGGUUGAACAUUCGCCGAAGAAGAAAUGACAAAUGUAAUAUGGAUGCCACUCGCGUGGGAAACCAAGUAUAUGACUUAGAUGAAGCUGCUUACAAAAACGCAAUUAAGAUGGAGAGUCGGUCUGUAGUUAAACCAGAGAUCCGAUACGAAGAGGAAUAUGACUAUGCAACUGGAGCUGCAAACCAAUAUACACAGGAUCACAAUCACUUGAAUAUAUAUGCAAAUGACCAAGAUGCGAGUGAUGUGACAGAAGAACAAUAUGAAACAGCAGGAGAAGUUAAUCAAGUGUAUUCGUUGUCCGAGGAUCUUCCUGAUUAUGCAAACUACACAAAUGACCAUGUACCUCCGAAUGACGUAUCUCAACAUUAUUCCUUGAAGAAAUCUUUCAUCGGUUUUAAACAAACCUGUACUCAUGAUGAUCCUUCCCCAAGUACUGACAAUCUUACCGAGGGGGAAUAUAACACCUUUUCAGAAAAACACAAUGACCUACCACCUUCUGAUACAUAUGACCAUUUUCACAAUGUUCAGGAGGGCGAAUAUGACCAUUUCCAAAUGAGAUCCAAUGACCAAUCAAAAUUCACCCAACACGAUGACCUACCACCUUCUGAUACAUAUGACCAUGUUCACAAUGUUCAUGAGGGCGAAUAUGACCAUUUCCAAAUGAGAUCAAGUGAUCGGUCAAACUUUACGCAAGACGACGAAAACGGAUAUAUGCAGUCAACAUUUCCGGUGUGAACAAAACGAUGUUGUGACUGUAUGUCGCUGGAUCUGUAUGUGUAUUUUUUCAUAUAUUUGUAAUGUAUGGAUUUUGUUUUGUUUUUCUUGUUAUUAGUUUUAAAUAUUUACUAAGCCAAAAAAACGUUCUUAGCUGCGAACAUCGAAAUUAUUCAGAUACCUGGUAAACUACUGGCACGGAAAUGUGUGUUGUUUUCAAAGACAAUUCUUGGCUUAUGAUUCAAGAGCAAUAUGUUCUAUAUAUUGGGAAUUUGAUGAGCCACCAAGCUUAAUGGCAUUUUGUAUUUGUUGGACGUUUGUGAUGAAUGAGACUUGGAUGUGCUAGCAUCGUAAUGGUAUUUUUUAUGUGCAUUACAUCAAUAUGUUCAUGCCUGUGGCAUUCUUGUAUUCUCCAUCAAUCCAAAGAUUACAACAAAGAUAAAUUAAUACAAACAUAUGAUUGGUCGAAUAGUUUACAUUUUAAUCUAAAUAUAAUUUUAAUGUUUACUAGAUGCUUUUAUUUGGUUCACGUGUUUUGAAUUGGUUUGUAUAUGUGAUUCGUUGUCGGACGUCAUGACAACAAUUAUAUAUAUACAUGUAGAUAUCACCAUUCAUUUAUAAUAUACAUUCAUAACAAUUUUUAUCUGGUUGAGUACGGGGAUUUGUGUCGAAUUUGUUUAGCUUUAUAAAGCGGAAUGCAAUUAUGUCAUAUAUAUUAAUAUAACAAUA